AUAUCUAGCGAUUCUGCAGUGAAGGCUACAUUGUAGCCUUGUAGAAGAAUCAUCCGUCCACUUUGCUGGCUAAGAACACGGAUCACUCUUCAUCAGUUUGCCUUCAGCUUGCCCCAUCACUUCAUCUCCAUCAUGAAGUUGUCGGCUGUGUUCCUGAUGGUUUUCUCCAUGAUGGCUCUGACCAGUGGUUCCGAGAACCGUUUUUGCAGUUCACAUUUGUCAAAUUUAUGGGAGCCCUGUCCGUCUGGUUGGAGGAAAAUCAACAAACUCUGCUUUCGCUAUGUUGGCACACGCCUGACUUGGUUUGAUGCUGAGAAAAACUGUCAGUCCAUGGGAGGAAACCUUGCAUCAAUAUAUAACAUGGACUACUACACCCAGGUUCAGAAACUGAUACGUGACAAAACUGGUAGAGAUGAUCGAGCAUGGCUGGGAGGCUCUGAUGCACAUUGGGAGGGAUCCUGGUUGUGGAGAGAUAAUAUUCCAGUGACGUUCACAUACUGGUGUCGAGGAGAGCCUAAUAAUUUUGGAUUCAACCAGCACUGUUUGGAGAUGAACUUUUCAGGGGGAAAAUGCUGGGAUGACAUGUGGUGUGAUGGCUACCUGCCUUCUGUCUGCUUCAAGAAACUCUGAAAACUGUGAAGUUACUAAAAAGGCCUGAUGUGUUGAACAGAACCAGUGGAGAAUCAGAGCUGCUGUUUCUGUUUUCCUGCCUUUUUGCAUCUUCAUAGAAAACCCAAAAGAUAUUUCUGCUUCUCUACUUCCUGUCAUUUCUCUCUUUAAUGCAACCUAAGCAAUGAAGCGACAAGCAAACAGCAGCUGGAUUGUCUCUCUGUAAUAAAGUCAGACUGAAUAAGUUUUAAGAAAGAAUCUUCUAUGCAAAACUUUCUGCUAUUCUUUGGCUGAGCAA